AUGUAUAUUGAAUCUCAUUCUCGUAUUGAAUCUCAGGUAAAUGUGAAAGUAUUGAAUCAAAACAAUACGAUUAAUACAUUACCACGUCGAUUGGAUUCUUAUCGUUCAUCUACGGAUAAAAGAUCUUCUAGUCAUCGGAAAAAUUAUUUAUCGUCGUGGGAAAAUGAUCCAGCAUCUUUCUACUCAUUAUAUUCUUACGAUACUCUUGGUAUGAAACAAAUAAAAUAUAGAUGUUGGCUUUACAAAAAAAUCAACGAAAACGAUGGUAGUACUACAUUAGGUUGUCGUUUAUGUGAACAGUAUCGUAUGAUAAAAAACAAGAACGGAAAAGAAAAUACUUGGGCGACCAAAGGAUUUAAUGUAUUAGCAUUAGACAAAAUUAAAGAACAUCGUUUGAAUGAAAAGCACAAAGAAGCAGAAGCAUUGGAAUUACAACGAACAUCGAUGAAUCAACCUGACUGGAUUUCAACAAGAACAACUGUUCUGUCCCGUCAGGAAGAAUCCAUUAAAAACUUAAUGUAUUCAUGUAUUUAUUUAUGUCAAAAUGAUCACUCAUUAAAUAGCUUCACACCGCUUUGUGAUCUAUUAGAAAAAGUCGGUGUUAAAUUGUUACCAGCCGAAGUUAGUGGUGUUAGUUAUCGAAACGAUAACGCUGCGUUAAUCUUUCUUCAACAUAUAGCAAGUGUUUUACAUGAAGAUCUUAUUCGAAAGCUGAAAAAUAGUCCUGUGUUAGGUAUGUGUUAA